UUGGCAAUUAAUUGAAAUAUGUCAAAAACAUACAAAUUCCAUAAUCACCACGAAAAUGUAUAAAAAAUAAUUUAUUAAUUUACAAUAAAAUUGACAAUAGUUUUUAUUAGCAAAAUGUUUAUUAACUAAAUUUCUUCCAUGUUUACAAUAAGUAUGCAUAUUUUAAUUGCUAAACAGAAAUAAGUAAAAAUAAGUGUAAAAAAAAUUAAGAUAUAUAAUAAUGAUCGGAAGCUGCUUUAGUCAACAUGUUGCAGUUGAGGGGUCCUUUACUGCAACAAACUAGACAAGUCACAUUCAAAAGCCCCAUCUACUCUGGAUACCAUUCAAACCUGAAAAUCUUAACAGCCCAGAAAAAGUGUUGCCAAUACAUUCAUGCAUGCUAUCAUUCUGGUAAAAACUUGGCAACACCAGCUGUAGCAACUGCCAAUGAAAUAAAACUACCCUGCUUGGUCCUCAACACAAUGUCUCCUUCAAGUUGGUUUGCUGCUAAGGGCAUAUCUAAUAUAAGGACGAGAUGUCUUUGUACCAAACAACCAGACACAACCAAGUUACUAGCAAGCUCCGCCCAGGGAAUUGACAUGAAACCCGCGAAACCGAAGCGAAAGGAAAUAGUGGAUCCUCCCGAAAUACCAGAACCUUGUCCGGACGAGCCACUGCCAGGAGUGCCAGUCCCCGGUUUCCCAGAUGUAACCAUCCCCUUCACCCCUGAUGUACCAUUACCAGAAUUACCCGAAAUCCCCAUCCCCGUUAAACCUGGAACGUUCCCCAGUAAAAAUUUGCCAGGAAGACCAAAACCAAUUUUCAAUGAAAUUCUGCCAAAAUGGCGCGCACCUGUUAUGCCAGAUUUGGCCACGUUGUUCAACUCCCCAUUGGCCCUACAUAAAGUAGCUGAGAACUAUAAAGCGGAAUAUUUAAUGCUGACUUCUCAAAUGGAAGUUGCUUCACAAACAAAUAAUUACUUUUAUAAAAAAUGUGGCCUGCCUGAAGGUUCGAUUAUACAGCCAAUAGAACAGAGACUAAUUUCAAAGCUAUCUAAGCGUUCAAAUGACGGGAGCGUUAAUAAUUUGAUCCUCGCAAUCUCAGAGUUAUCUCCCGUCCAAGUCGUUGCGAUUUUAUCCCUACUACAAAAUCAGAUUUGGCUUAUAUCAAACAUGAAUAAGUUGUCUCACGGCGAUUUAAAUGUUGCGAUGAACAAAGAAGAAUUGGAUAGAAUGAUUAGAUUGGCUGCCAGAUUACAAAGAGAAAUUUUGCACCCUGAAAGAGUAGGAGGGACAUGGUGUCUUAAAUAAAAUGAACCAUUGCAUUCUAAGUAUCCAGAAUGCUGAGUACUGAGUCAGCAAAACAACAAAGAUAUUCGCCAAUUUUAAACUUAAUAAAUACAGGAAAUGUAUAGCGUAGUUUAUUCCACAAUCUUUUUGUAAUGUUAAUACAAUAGAUAAUAGAUAAUUGAAGUAUAAAAUUGUAAUUUAUAAUUAAAAGUAAAACAUCUAAAUGCA